UCAGUUUGUUGCUUGUAAAUUUUAUUUCAAUUUGAUAUUUGAUAAUUUUGAGAAAAUGUUUGCAGUUUUCGAGGACAAAAUGAGAGAAUUUUUAAAUAAUGCGUGAAGAAUUUUCGUACACUUCUCUUAUCUUAUAGGUUUUUUCAUCUAAAAGCAGCGUUUACGAUUUCAUAUAUCGUGUGCAAUUUUUCUCAAACGUAUGUAGCUCAGCUCACCAUUCGUUACCAUGAAUCAAGUGGUUAUAUUUAAUAAUAAAACAUCUGGAAGAGAUAAAUUGGCGAGAUUAAUUCAGUACGCGAGUAAAGUAGCCUGGUACAUUUUGAAAGAAAACAACGCCGCCGGAUCAUCGGUCGAUAAAUUCGCCAACUUGGAGUAUUUGCUGAGUAAUUUUCGACGAAUUUUGAGAUUGGGACGAUGCCUGGAUACGUUAUAUUCGGCGAUGAAUUUGAUUCACCACGAUGAUAAAUUAAUAAGCUUUAAUUGCGCUAUAUCGAAAAUAGCCUACUCUAUGUUUCUACUCUGCGAUCAUAUUAUUUGGUUCGGCAGAGCUGGUCUUGCCGAUAUCGAUACCUCUCGUUGGAACCGCAUCGCUAAUAAGUACUGGUUGUUCACGAUCGUCAUAAACUUAGCUCGAGAUUAUUUCGAAAUCAAAAGACUACUCGCAGGCAGUAAGAUGUUCGCUAAGUGUAAAUGCAGUGAUCCAAAGAUGGCUAUUAGAAAGCUAAUCGAGUUCUCCGAAACGCACAAAGACGUAGUGUUGGAUUUAGUGAAAAAUAGUUGCGAUAUAUUUAUUCCUCUGGCUGCUUUAAAUUACGUUAAUCUGAGUCCCGCUACUAUUGGAAUGUUCGGUGUUGUAUCAUCUAUCGUUGGCAUUUAUACAGUUGUAGAUCCUUUCGCUAAGUUACCAUUGGCUUGAAGUGUAUUUUUCCCUGUGUGUGUUUUUUUUUUUUUUGGAUGAUGAAACAUUUCUAAUAUUGUGAUAUGAACAUUUUUCCAUUGCAUUCGCGGUUCGAGUUGCCCAUCAAUCACAUCUUCCUUUUUUUUUUUGUAUUUUGUGUGCUUUUUCUCCAAUGGGUUUACCAGGUGUGUUUAGGUUUUAAAGAUAGGUUUAGGGGGAUUUUAUUGUGAUAUUCGUACAUUUUUAUAUAGCAUGCACUUUACAUUGAUGUAUUUUUUUUUUUUUUUUUGUAUAUGAUUGUUACACAUUACGCAGCUAAGUAAUGAGCUAAUUUAUAUAUUUUUUGGUCGAUUUCCCAAUUCUCAAAAAUGUCUUACGAAUAGGAAUCAUCUGCAGAAAAAGAAAAGUUUGAGGAAAAAACGUAUAUUUUUGUGUUUUUCUUUGUACCAGUGUCAUACGUUGGGAUUUCGUCGAGAGUUUAUUUUUAUAUUACUAUUUACAUACAUUCGUCAUUCUAUUUCGUAUUACAUAAACAUAAUACGUACAUCUACUUAAUAAAUAAUGAAAGUACA